AUGAGCGACCUUCAGUUCAUCAAUUAUGAAAACCCAGCAGAGGCGAAGAAGCGUUCGAAUAAACGUGCAGUCAAGUCACAAGCAGCACGACAUCACUGGGCUCGGGAUGUGGCGCUUCGUACAAACAGAUCGAAGCAGUUUCGGCGUACACAAAACUCCAAUCUGGUUGUACGUCAGGGAACGUAUACACAGGACGAGUCUGGGUACCAUCAUCAGACCGAACCCUACAGUACCCAUCCUAGCAUUUAUCAGACUGGUCCGACCGAGUCAGUUCCAGCAUUGCAAACGUUGCAAAACCCAAGUCACGAUACCAUAAGGGGUGACCAGGUACAACUCGUUGGCCUUCUUGGAGCCGGCCGUGUAGACCCAUUCCACACAUAUCCUGUUACGUGGCAGGAGUACUUUCCAGAGCUGGUCGACCACUAUAUCAUGAACAUAGCUGUCAGGGUUCCUACAGUUGACGGGCCUCGGGGCGAGGGUCAACUCCGUACUCGCUGGUUUCCGCUAGCGAUGACAGACCCAGCAACAUUUUCAGGUGUAUUGCUGCUGUCGGCAUCGCAUCUGCACUCGGUUCGGGUGAAGUGUUCGAUUCAAGAGAAACCAGAGGAUGCUAUCAGGUUACUCACGCUCAAGGAGCAGGCUAUCAGGGUCGUAAACGAGGCGCUCGGCGACCCAUUACGAUCCUGUAGCGAUGCGAUAAUCGGCGCGGUCGUGAAACUAUGCUGCUACGAGGCGAUAUACGACAACGUGGACGCUUACAUGAUACACAUGAAAGGACUUCAAAGCAUGGUGGCUGCUCGAGGGGGACUGUCCGAGCUCGGAGUCAAUGGAUUGUUGCGCCGUAUAUGCAUCUGGAUUGACUUGAAGUCUGCUGCCCUUAAUAGGACUCCUUUGUUCUUCGAGGACUCUAUCAUGAUAUCACAAGGGGGCGCGUCAACAACAGCAGAACAGAGACCCAGAAUCAUUGGAGAAUAA